AUAAAUGAAUGUGCUGCAGGUGGAGCUGCAAACCUUAGCCCUUCGUGCUGUAUGUACUGAUUAUAUUAUGUUAUUUUUAAACAGCGGUUCACGUAAUUAGACUUUUGGGACGAGCUGGAGUAUGGAGUGAUACAGCAGAUCAUUAUUAAUGCUGAAUAAAUCACAUUGAUAUUUCUGAUUUGUCCCGUCUGUGAAAUCCAGGCUGCAGUCUCAAUUUAAUUAUAAGUAACAUUAGCCUCGUCACAGUUGGAGUGGAGCAGUAGAUUAUCACAAUGGGACUGUUGUCUGACCCCAACCGCAGAAAGGCCCUGAUCAAUCUCUUGACCCGCCUCAACACGCCCAUAUGUAUGGUGUGCUACAUAGCGGCCAUUAUUUGGUUCAUGGGUCUGGCAUUUGAGCCCUUCACACUAAGGACAUACAUGUCAGAAAACGCCAUGGGUUCUACUAUGGUAGAGGAACGGUUCCCCGCCGGUGAAAGAGCCCUGUCCACCGCCAGGGAGUUUGAUGCACACAAACGAAAGGCUGAUGGUAUGCCAGUGGAUUGGUUAGUUAAGACGAUGCAGGCUAGAGGACUUGAAGUGUUUACUCAAAGUUUUUCCCGCCUUCUGCCCUUCCCAGAUGAGAAUAAAGAGCGCUAUAUGGUUCGAGGCACAAAUGUGUAUGGGAUCUUGCGUGCUCCCCGAGCUCCGAGGACAGAGGCGCUGGUAAUCAGUGCGCCCUGUAGUCCCGGCAACAGCAAUAACCAGGCGGUCGGUCUUCUUCUAGGUCUUGCACAGUAUUUCAGAAAUCAGGUUUACUGGGCCAAAGACAUCAUAUUCUUAGUAAAUGAACAUGAUCUGAUUGGCAUGCAGGCGUGGCUGGAGGGCUACCAUCAUACGAACAUCACGGGAAUGGAGUACUCACCACUGCAGGGUCGGGCGGGAUCGAUUCAAGCUGCGCUCUCAUUGGAGCUUAGCAGUGAUGUCAUCACCAGCCUGGACUUGAUUUUAGAAGGGCUCAAUGGUCAGCUCCCUAACCUGGACCUGGCCAACCUCUUCCAUGCCUUCUGCCAGAAGUUAAGUGUUAUGUGCACCAUUCAAGGAAAGCUCCAGAGGAACGAUUGGGACACGACGGAGGGCUACACCCAUGCAGCUCAGACCAUGAUGCUGAUGGUGUUGAAACAGGCAAGCGGACGCGCGUGGGGUGAUCACGGCCUCUUUCUUCGCUAUCACAUUGAAGCCGCUUCUAUACGAGGCAUCAACAGUUUUAGACACUAUAAGACAGACGUCACCACCAUUGGCCGGUUGCUGGAGGGAAUGAUCCGAAAGCUGAACAAUCUUCUGGAACGUCUUCAUCAGUCAUAUUUCUUUUAUCUCAUGCCUUCUCUCUCACGUUUCGUCUCCAUCGGCUACUAUAUGCCAGCGUUUGGCCUCCUGGCUGUCAUCUUACUGCUGCGAGCGCUGGAUCUCUGGGUUCAUCUGGGUACCGCUGACCCGGCAGAGGUAGAUGGAGUUGGUGAGGUGGAACGGUCAUCCAGUCCCGGGGUUUUGUCGCUGUUGACUCCAGUGGUUAUCAGUCACCUGACAGGUGUGGCGCUCUAUCUGCUUCCUGUUCAGCUGCAAGAAAUGGCCGUGGAGCAUUUCCCCGUCUCUGAAACUGAAGCUGUGGUGCUCAAUGCCAUCGCCAUCUAUACCGCAGGACUUGCGCUGCCACACAACACGCAACGGUUGUUAUCCGGAGAGGGCACAGAGCAGGGCUGGAGGGUGCUGAAACUGAUCGCUUUGCUGUAUCUGGCCGUGCUUUUGGGCUGCACGGCGCUCAUCAACUUUUCUCUGGGCUUCAUCUUGGCCGUCACGCUGGUGCCAAUCGCAGCCUGCAUCACACCACACAUGCCAAAAGCUUUAAGCGCACUGGCCGUGAUACUGCUCAGUCCUGGCUUCACAAUCCUCUACUGUGUCUUUCUCUACCAAGAGCUCAUAGAAGCGCCUGUCAACAUGAGCGAGGGCUGGAUGCUCUACCUGUCGGUCAUCUCUCAGGGCAUUCUUGAUCACACUCUCUACGGAUCGCUCGUCUACCCACUGUUAGCCCUUUUCAUUUACCCUUGUUGGCUGAUGUUCUGGAAUAUUCUUUUCUGGAAGUAACCACAUCCACAUGUCCGUCCAAGCUGGCGAGGGUCAGCUGGUCUUGAAACUCAUCCUACUGUGUGCCAACCAUGAAGAUUUAUUGUUCAGACAUGGACAUUAUCUGCAUUCAGAGGUUGGCAGAAACAAGGAGAGGGAUCUCAGGUCUAAUGCAAGUCCAAAUAAAAGGAGUUUGUAGGUGAAUGUUUGCUCUGUAUGUCAGAAUGGAUGGGCAGUUUGUUCAGGGGUUCGGUUGGUACAGUUUGAACAGAUAUUUAAUGUAUUAGGCAUACAUAGGUUUAUGCGAAUGAUAGUAUGCCUAAUAAAGCAGAAAUGUAAACAAUUGGAUUUGAAAAAUAAAUAAAGUUUGAUCAUAUGUUCUUCUGUGCGGUAGGUAAUAUUUCUCGUGUAACUUAUGCAUCAUCUAAAAAAUGUUUGAGAUUGUUUUAAUUCAACCUUGACCACAACCAUUCUCUCCUGUGCAUUACAUCUUUCUUUUAUUGAAUUAAUAACAUGUUUAUGUCAUGCAAGUUUGUCUUUAUAUACAUCAUAAUAAUAAAUGAUGCAGUUUUUGGUCCUCCUG